UUAAUUUACAACAGUGUAAAGUCUUUUAUUAACCGAAAAAUGCCGAAGAAAAAGAAGGGAAAGGGAAGCAAGUUAGCUCGCAUGAGCGAUGAAGAACGUGCUCGUUACUUACAGCAUCGAGCCGAAUUAGAGUUAGAGGCUAAACGACGUAAGCAACAGUUGAUUGCAGCCUUUACUAAGAACAAGCUAAAACGCGAGGAAGCGUUCUCGCGAUUAAACACUGCCAAGAUCAAUGAACAAUGGCGAUUCAUUCUACGCCGAAUAAAAUGUAAAGAACUUCAUGAAGACGUGGAAUACCUUUGGAGUAAUUUCGAUCGCCUAAUGAAGACAAAAGAUCUCGUGAUACAGCGUUUACAUAAUGAGCUAGAAGCAGCCGACGUGGAUCACAGAAGGCUGCAAGAGGCCCAUAUUCAAACGAUGGAUCUGAUAAUCGGGAAAUACAAGCAGAAGUGCAUGCAACUACACGAGUUCUUUGCGCGUGAACGCAAUCGUAUUGUUUCGGAUGAGAUGAAUGAGUUAAAUAGAGCACGAAAGAAUUUAGAGCAGCACUGCGAUCAGUUGCAGAAUAUAAUUUUUGGACAAGAUAAGAAAAUAGAAAAUGUAUUAAUGCAAACGAAAACCCAGAACGCCGUUAAUAUAUACAGCAUUGUAUACUUGAAAGAAGAUUCCCUGUCGCGCUUGAUGCAUUACGUUUCCUAUGAGGUCGAAGAAUUGUGGCAACAACUUAAUGAAACAAUAAUUGAAUACGAGAAAAAUACAGGAGAUAAAAGAAAGCAAUACGAAUACUUGAAAGAACAGGAUGACGUUCAUCGUACCGACGUGGCGCAAUAUCCAAAGCUGCAAGCGCAAUUACAAAGCACGAUUAAGAGUCUAAAACAGGAUAUGCACGCAUUAUCGCAGAAAAGGGAACAGAGUAUAAAGGAAUUGAACUAUCAGAUUGUGCAUCUGAGGAAGAGAGCCGAAAAUAUGAGACAGAUAUUUUCUAUGAAUCAAGUGCUGGAUACAACUCAGCUGAAGAAACUGACUAUUAUUAGCUCUAGCGUCCUAAAAGAACUACAGAGGAUUUCUGAAAAAAGCUCGGCGUUACUAUCAUUAUUAAAAAUAUGUUCAAAUUUGGAACCAUUCUCACUGACCGUUCAAAAGUACACUUUACGCGAUACAGGAUCCAGAAGAGCUUUUACGAGUUGCAUGUCAGAGCCGUUUGACAAAUUGGACAAGUUUUGGGAACAGUUUAAUUGUAUUAAAUCCGACAAUAUUUUCAUGAAAAAGGAGUGCGAUAAACUGACUUUCGAGAACAAGCAAUUAAGAAAUACUUUACGUACAUAUCUCUUAACUAUUUCUAGAGUUCCUACCGCAAGAUCAUUCACGUCUACUCCUAUAUAAAUAUAUUUUUUCAAAUGUCGGUAAGUGAAAAUAAAUCAAUAUAUAUCUUUAAAAAAAAAGUAAUUUUAAAAAUAUUUACAUGUUGCAUUAAAAGUUUCUUUCUUGAUAUCUUUUAC